AUUCAUUCUGGAUCCCGAGUGAGCUCGCUCGCCCGCUAACUGAGCUCGUGCUGGGUGACCAUCCUCGUUAAUCUUGCAGUGUGUCUCGCGUGUGUGAUGUCCCUGCGGCAUCGGAGCGUGGCGUUUGCGGUUGUUGAUUAGGCAGCAGUCAUGCCGGAUUUCCUCUGAGGUCGACAUUGAGGUGCAGGAGGAGGGAGUGAGUUAGGGAGUGAGGGAGGAAACCUACAACUGGACCUGGGGUUUGGAAGUAGAGCUGCUCUGCUGCUGGGUCGGUGCCAUUCGUGGGGGUCUACGUUGGGACGUUGUGAUGGUGCGGCACACAGCGAUGCUAGUGAUCGUGUUGCUAGCGUUGUGCGGUUUAGGAGUAGUGGAGGUGCACGGUAGUAGCUCUAACCACAAGUAUGGCGCUGGAGAUCCCGUGCCGCUGUAUGCGAACAAAGUGGGUCCAUUCCACAACCCGAGUGAGACUUACAAGUACUUUGAUUUGCCCUUCUGCCAUCCCAAAGGGGAGGUCACUGAAAAGAGGGAGGCUCUUGGUGAGGUUCUCAACGGAGACCGCAUGGUGGAAGCUUUAUAUGAGUUGAAGUUUAAGCAGGACAAGGAGAUGGAAAUCCUGUGUGAGAAGCCGCUUACUAAGAAUGAUAUUAAAAAGUUCCGAGAUGCUGUUAAGAAUGACUAUUAUUUCCAGAUGUAUUAUGAUGACUUGCCUAUCUGGGGCUUCGUUGGCAAGAUAGAAAAAUCUGGGCAGGAUGUCAAGUAUUCACUCAACACCCAUGUUCAUUUUGACAUUCAAUAUAACGAUAAUCGUGUCAUUGAGAUUAGUGUCGAUUACGAAGCUACGAACCUGGUGGAUAUCACUCUAGAUAAGGAGCAGACAGUGAAGUUCACCUACACUGCGAAAUGGAAGGCAACAGAUAAGCCAUUCAGUCAACGCAUGGCAAAGUACUCAAGAAAUUCAUUCCUGCCUCAGCACCUUGAGAUUCACUGGUUUUCAAUUAUCAACUCCUGCGUGACCGUCCUCCUCCUCACUGGGUUCCUUGCUACAAUUUUGAUGCGUGUGCUGAAAAAUGAUUUCAUCAAGUAUUCUCGGGAUGAAGAGGUUGCUGACGAACAAGAGGAAACAGGUUGGAAGUAUAUUCAUGGGGAUGUUUUCAGAUUCCCAUCUCACAAGUCUCUGUUCUGCGCCGUUCUGGGAAGUGGAGCACAGCUUCUUGCUUUAGCUAUCUUCAUCUUCCUGCUUUCUUUGGUUGGAGUUUUUUACCCGUACAAUCGCGGAGCUCUCUAUACUGCGCUUGUUGUGAUAUAUGCUCUGACAUCUGGCAUUGCUGGGUACACAGCAUCCUCUUUCUACAAGCAACUUGAAGGAACUAACUGGGUUAGGAACAUACUUUAUACUGGUGCAUUGUUUUGUGGGCCUCUUUUCCUCACAUUCUCUUUUUUAAAUACAGUUGCUAUUUUCUACAAUGCAACUGCAGCCCUCCCAUUCGGCACAAUUUGUGUCAUUAUCUUAAUAUGGACGCUUAUCACCGCUCCUUUGUUGGUUUUGGGUGGUAUUGCCGGGAAGAAUAGUAAGAUUGAAUUUCAAGCUCCUUGCAGGACUUCGAAGUUUCCGAGGGAAGUACCACCUCUCCCUUGGUAUCGCCACACUGUUCCGCAAAUGGCAAUGGCUGGGUUCUUGCCAUUCAGUGCCAUUUACAUUGAGCUAUACUACAUUUUUGCUAGUGUGUGGGGCCACAAGGUCUACACUAUCUACAGUAUUCUUUUCAUUGUCUUCAUCAUUUUGAUCAUCGUGACGGCUUUUAUCACAAUUGCAUUGACCUACUUCCAGCUUGCUGUUGAAGACCACGAAUGGUGGUGGAGGGCCGUCCUGUGCGGAGGUUCAACUGGAGUUUUCAUUUUUGGAUACUGCUUCUACUAUUAUUAUGCCCGAUCGGACAUGAGCGGUUUUAUGCAGACGUCGUUCUUCUUCGGCUACAUGGCUUGCAUCUGCUACGGCUUUUUCCUUAUGCUGGGCAGUGUUGGAUUUCGCGCCUCACACUUGUUUGUUCGGCAUAUUUACCAGUCGAUCAAAUGCGAAUGAGGUCUUUGCUGUGACAUCGAUGUCCUACUCCAACAUGGUAUUAUGCUGAGGCUCGACUCCACAAUUAUGAAGACAAAAUAAACUCAUCAGCAUGUUAACCUCCAGAGCUUCAUAUUGGUGAUAGAUAUAGGGUUGUCUGUCCCGACUCUAUUAGGAAUAUGAAUGAUAUUGAAGUUGAAUGUUUUCAUUCGAAAUCUACUUUUAGCUCAGACUAGUUUCCUUUGUAAGUAGAAAUUUCGGUCUCAAGAUUUCCGUACAUUGCUGUACCGACCGGACAUAUCAAGUUCAGCAACGGAUUUAUACGAUUAAUUAAUUGACCAGAGUUUCAAUGUUGUUGAAGGCAAUUGGCUUUGCAAAUACUUGACUGGAGGAACUUCGUGUUUCCUGUAGGCUCCACUCUCAAACAGCUCUAAAUCUGGCUCUGCGAGGUUUUCACCGCACCGUCUUCUCAGCACCUCAUGCUGCUGUUCCUGGCCCUGAAAUGUGAAAAUCAAACAACAGAAGCCUCGGAAGGUGCGCGAGAUGACAUGACAGUUCCAUCAUCGGCUGGAAUGCAGGUCUAGUUCUUGUUGCUGUCGGAGCUGCUGGUUGUCGUAUGGGGGGCUACAAUCUAAACGCCACGCUAUGCUUUUGCCCCAACUUCAUCAAAUCGCUGUGAAGGAUGUUUUCAGCUAAAACCUUUCAAGGCAAGUGUGGACAAUCAUUUUUGGCAUUUAGAGUGAAUACAAUAUAGUCUUAAAAUAUUACUUUUUGUAAGUGAUGUUUCUUCAAAACAAGGGCGAAAGUCUAGACCAAUAAUUUACUGUUUUUAUUCUCUCAUUAUUUAUUUAUAGUUUUCAGAAAAAAUUAUCAAUGAUAAUGUUUCUGGACUUGGGUCCAGAUAUUUUAAUCUAUGCAAGCAAUUCGUAGAUCA